AAAAACUUUAAUAUAACUGUUAUACAGGGAGAAUGCAUUCAUUUUCAUUUUGGCACUACAGCAGUACGUGUAAUUUGUAAACACAGGAAGAUAUUUCAACAAUAUCUUGCAUCCGGCAUCGAGAUGAUAAUUACCUCUGAUAUUUUGAAUGAGUGAACAAUUGCGAACUCGUCGCUUAGGAGCUGGUCGUAUUAAAACACUGUCUGCCACAAAUCUUGCACCCAUCAGUGGGGGAUGUACUAGCGGAUUCACUGUUACACCUAAUAUCAGUCACAGCGCUAGCAGUCAUUUCUUGCAACAGCACAUACAUCGCAAUCAAACGCAACAUUCAACACAGGCACAAUUUUUUACCUUCCACCACACGGACAGUACCAAAAGAGUUCAUCCUGGUCCCCCUUCACAGUCGGCGAUUAUCAGCGGCACAAAAACUGCAGGUUAUGGCUUUGAUGGCACCAGUUGCAUUAGUAGUCCAACUGUUUUAAAUUCAGGCAGUGGGAGUGGCAGUGGUAGUAGUGGUCUACGUAUGCCCAACACCAAUAUGGGGCCAAUGCUGGGAACAUCGGCCACUGUUGCCAUUAAUAACAGCUACACUGUUCACAACACCACCAAUACAAUGGGUGCUGGGGGAGGUGCGGGUACCUCAGGUGGCCACAAUAAUGGUUCUGGUGUCACUGCAGGCCAACUCGGUAGUGCUUCGGCGGCGACCGGUGGAGGAGGUGGUGCAGGAAUCGGUGGUGGUCAAGCAACAACAUCUGGCUUGAGUGGCGUCGGGGGAAAUCUGGGCGGCGUCGGUAUGGGCAUUUGCGGCGGUAUUAGUAGCAAUGCUGCGGUUAUAACUGGAGUGCCGCCAAUAGGACUUGGACUUGCAACCGGCAUUGGUAACAAAAUGCUCGGUCGAAGGCAAAGUCUGAAGGGCGGCGAACCAUUUCUGGCCGACUAUGGUCCAGAGGAAUCGCUCAACGAAAGUGCCGAUAUUGAAUGGGUGAAUAAACUGUGGGUAAGGCGCCUAAUGCGACUUUGCGCUUUAGUAGCCUUGGCCUCAGUCUCAUUGAAUACUCCGAAAACUUUCGAACGAUAUCCACCCCUGCAGUCAAUAACAUUCGUAUCGGACAUAGCGGUGACGCUACUAUUUACCGCUGAAAUGAUAGCCAAAAUGCACAUACGCGGCGUUUUACACGGCGAAGUACCAUAUUUAAAGGAUCAUUGGUGCCAAUUUGAUUUUUCUAUGGUAUUCUUUUUAUGGAUUUCGAUAAUCCUUCAAGUAUUUGAAAUACUUGAGGUAGUGCCAAAGUUUUCAUCCUUAUCUAUGAUGAGAGCUCCUAGACCCCUUAUAAUGAUCCGCUUCCUUAGAGUCUUCCUGAAAUUCUCAAUGCCAAAAAGCCGUAUUAAUCAAAUUUUCAAGCGAUCGAGUCAACAGAUCUACAAUGUCACCUUGUUUUUUCUCUUCUUUAUGUCCUUAUACGGCCUAAUGGGUGUCCAGUUCUUUGGUGAAUUAAAGAAUCAUUGUGUCAUGAAUAAUAGUGAAUACGAUGAAUACGACCGACCGCUUUUAACUCUGAAUUCGCUUGCGAUUCCUGACACAUUCUGCUCCAUGGAUCCAGAUUCGGGCUACCAAUGUUCCCCGGGAAUGAAAUGUAUGAAGUUGGACUUUCUCAGCAGCUACGUAAUCGGAUUUAAUGGUUUCGAAGAUAUAGCCACGAGUAUUUUUACCGUUUAUCAGGCUGCGUCUCAAGAAGGAUGGGUAUUUAUAAUGUAUCGUGCCAUAGACUCGUUGCCAGCAUGGAGAGCCGCAUUUUAUUUUAGUACAAUGAUAUUUUUCUUGGCCUGGCUGGUGAAGAAUGUCUUCAUUGCUGUCAUCACUGAGACAUUCAAUGAGAUUCGGGUGCAAUUUCAACAAAUGUGGGGAGCUCGAGGACACAUCCAAAAGACAGCUGCUUCACAAAUCUUAAGUGGAAACGAUCAGGGCUGGCGUUUGGUAACCAUAGAUGAUAGUAAACAUGGUGGUUUGGCACCGGAAACAUGUCACGCCAUAUUAAGGUCGCCAUAUUUUCGUAUGCUGGUAAUGUCGAUCAUUUUGGCCAAUGGUAUUGUCACUGCGACUAUGACCUUUCAACAUGAUGGUCGUCCACGACAUGUAUUUUACGAACGUUAUUAUUACAUAGAAGCCGUGUUUACGUUUUUGCUGGAUCUGGAAACGUUAUUUAAAAUCUAUUGCUUGGGUUGGCGAGGAUAUUACAAACACUCCAUACAUAAGUUUGAAUUGUUGCUGGCUGCAGGAACCACAAUACAUAUUGUACCUUACUUUUACCUCUCGGGAUUUACAUAUUUUCAGGUGCUGCGAGUUGUACGACUUAUAAAAGCAUCGCCUAUGUUGGAGGGCUUCGUCUAUAAGAUUUUUGGUCCCGGCAAAAAACUUGGCUCUCUCAUCACCUUCACUGUUUGCUUGCUCAUUAUAAGUUCCAGCAUUUCAAUGCAACUGUUUUGUUUUCUUUGCGACUUUACAAAAUUCGAAACAUUCCCCGAGGCAUUCAUGUCUAUGUUUCAGAUUCUCACUCAGGAAGCUUGGGUAGAGGUUAUGGACGAGACUAUGAUACGUACUAGUAAGACAUUAACUCCACUGGUGGCCAUAUAUUUCAUACUCUAUCACUUGUUCGUAACACUCAUUGUGCUGAGUUUGUUCGUGGCGGUUAUUUUGGAUAACUUGGAAUUGGAUGAGGACAUUAAGAAAUUAAAACAGCUCAAGUUCCGUGAGCAAAGUGCUGAAAUUAAGGAGACCCUCCCCUUCCGAUUGCGUAUAUUUGAAAAAUUCCCGCAGUCACCACAGAUGACUAUAUUACACCGCAUACCUAAUGAUUUCACGUUGCCAAAGGUACGGGAGUCAUUUAUGAAGCAAUUUGUCAUUGAACUUGAAACAGAUGAUCCCUCGAUGGAGAGUUGCAAGAGACCCAUGUCCGAAUAUUGGGAGUCUAAAAUGGUAUUUCGCAAACAAAAACCAGUAAGAAUAAUGAACAAGACAGCAAAAGUGCGUUCAGCUGGAAGUAGUUUAAGAAAAUUGGCCAUAACCCAUAUUAUAAAUGAUUCGAAUAAUCAACGUUUGAUGCUGGGCGAUUCUGCCAUGUUACCCGUAGUUGGUGGAAAAUGUGGUUUGAAGAGUCAAGGAACCAUAACACAUUCCAAACCCUGGAGAGUCGACCAAAAGAAAUUUGGUUCUCGUUCCAUUCGACGCAGCGUACGUUCUGGCUCUAUAAAACUCAAACAAACCUACGAACAUCUUAUGGAAAAUGGUGACAUCGCUUCGGCACCUAGAGCGAAUUCUGGACGAGCAAGGCCCCAUGAUUUGGACAUAAAACUGUUGCAAGCUAAACGCCAACAAGCCGAAAUGAGACGUAAUCAAAGAGAAGAAGAUUUGCGUGAGAACCAUCCAUUUUUCGAUACGCCCUUGUUUCUGGUACCAAGGGAAAGCCGUUUUCGCAAAAUCUGCCAGAAAAUCGUGCACGGCCGCUAUGAUGCUCGCCUAAAGGAUCCACUAACGGGCAAGGAGCGCAAGGUCCAGUAUAAAAGUUUGCACAACUUUUUGGGUUUGGUAACCUACUUAGAUUGGGUUAUGAUAUUUGUUACCACUUUGUCCUGCAUAUCGAUGAUGUUUGAGACACCCAACGAUCGUGUGAUGGAUCAUCCCACACUGCAAAUUGCCGAGUAUACAUUUGUUAUUUUUAUGAGUCUAGAGUUAGCUUUGAAAAUUCUGGCGGAUGGUUUAUUCUUUACUCCCAAGGCCUAUAUAAAGGAUGUGGCAGCAGUUUUAGAUGUCUUUAUUUAUAUUGUAUCUACUUUAUUCCUAUGCUGGAUGCCUAAGCAAAUACCCACCAAUUCGGCUGCUCAAUUGCUGAUGGUUCUACGUUGUAUACGUCCUUUGCGAAUAUUCACAUUAGUGCCGCACAUGCGCAAAGUUGUCUAUGAACUUUGUCGUGGCUUCAAAGAAAUUCUUUUGGUAUCAACUUUACUGAUUUUGCUGAUGUUCAUAUUUGCCAGUUAUGGGGUGCAAUUAUAUGGUGGACGUUUAGCACGCUGCAAUGAUCCCACGAUAACAAAGCGUGAAGAUUGUGUUGGCGUCUUCAUGCGUCGUGUAUUUGUCACAAAAAUGAAGCUUACCCUCGGAGAGGGUGAGUCGUAUCCGGCCAUGCUGGUGCCAAGAGUAUGGGCUAAUCCCAGGAGAUUCAAUUUCGACAAUAUUGGAGAUGCCAUGCUGACUUUGUUUGAGGUCUUGUCGUUCAAAGGAUGGCUAGAUGUGAGAGAUGUCUUAAUCAAGGUCGUUGGACCGAUUCAAGCGGUCUACAUCCACAUCUAUAUUUUCUUGGGCUGCAUGAUUGGUCUAACCUUGUUUGUGGGUGUAGUCAUUGCCAAUUAUUCAGAGAAUAAAGGCACAGCUCUACUAACUGUCGAUCAGAGACGUUGGUGCGAUUUGAAGAAGAGAUUGAAAAUAGCCCAGCCUUUACACUUGCCACCCCGUCCGGACGGACGAAAAGUUCGAGCCUUUGCUUACGAUGUUACUCAGCAUAUUUAUUUUAAGAGAUUCAUAGCAGCGAUAGUUUUGAUAAACAGUGCAUUAUUGUCGAUAACGUGGAUCAAAGGCGAAAGUAUAACCGAAAUCUGCAUUUUGUUAAGUGUCACUUUGACAUUUGUAUUUGUUGUGGAGGUGGUUAUGAAAAUCAUUGCAUUUACACCACGUGGCUAUUGGCAAUCGCGACGUAAUCGUUAUGACUUAUUAGUCACUGUUUCUGGAGUGGUUUGGAUAUUCUUACAAACCAUAUUGAGGGUAGAAAUAUUUCAAAACUUUAAAAAUUAUAUAUUAAUUGCUCUAUGUUCCUUUCAGAAUGAUUUGUCUUAUUUUUUCGGUUUUAUGGUGGUAAUUUUAAGGUUUUUCACCAUUACCGGCAAACACACCACACUAAAAAUGUUGAUGUUGACUGUUGGUGUAUCUGUGUGCAAAUCGUUCUUCAUUAUAUUCGGAAUGUUUUUGCUGGUAUUCUUCUAUGCUUUGGCUGGAACGAUCCUUUUUGGUACCGUUAAGUAUGGUGAAGGUAUUGGAAGACGAGCAAAUUUCGGUUCUCCGGUAACCGGAGUUGCCAUGUUAUUUCGUAUUGUUACGGGUGAAGAUUGGAACAAAAUAAUGCAUGAUUGUAUGGUGCAGCCCCCAUACUGUACGCCAGGGAAUAAUUAUUGGGAAACUGAUUGUGGCAACUUUACAGCCAGUCUUAUAUACUUUUGCACAUUCUACGUAAUUAUCACCUAUAUAGUGCUGAACUUGCUUGUGGCUAUUAUCAUGGAGAACUUUUCAUUGUUCUACUCUAAUGAGGAAGAUGCACUGCUCUCUUAUGCCGAUAUACGAAAUUUCCAAAACACUUGGAACAUUGUGGAUAUACACCAACGUGGUGUUAUACCGGUGCGCAGAGUUAAAUUUAUUUUACGCCUUUUAAAAGGGCGACUUGAGUGCGAUCCGCAGAAGGACCGAUUAUUGUUUAAAUAUAUGUGCUACGAAUUGGACAAGCUGCAUAAUGGAGAAGAUGUUACCUUCCACGAUGUGAUCAAUAUGCUCUCCUAUCGCUCAGUGGAUAUUCGAAAAGCCUUACAGUUGGAGGAGUUACUGGCACGUGAAGAAUUUGAGUAUUUGGUGGAGGAAGAAGUAGCCAAGAUGACCAUAAGAAAUUGGUUGGAAGGUUGCCUUAAAAAGAUAAGAGCACAAAAUGCAUAUAAACAGCAAAAUUCUCUUAUAGCCGGAUUGCGUGCUACUAACGAGCCAAUGAUAAGGCCUAGCGUGCAGGAGGACAAAACACCCACUGGUAUAGGAGAGAAAUCCGCAAUCGCCACUAUUAGUGGAUCUGUGGCGGCUGCAACAUGUCCUCCAACAAGCGAUGCUUUUUCGCCAACAUUCAGUUCUACUGAAAAUGAGGAAAAAGAUUUAAGUACCAGCGCGAUAGCCCCAACACCUGGCGCUGCUGAAACUGCCACCGUUCAAGUGACCCAACGUGCCAUUACAGCCACAAAACGAGGCUAUGCCUUAAAUCGUUCCGAUUCAACCGGAAGUUCUGCCGGUCGAAAAUUCCUUGCACCAACUUCAUCGGAUCCCCAACAACGCUCGACCUUAAGUGAUAAAGAACGUUUGCAUAUAACCAAUCAGCAGAAGAAGAAGAACUCAAUGACCACGAGUACGCUGCCGGUUGCUCCAGCGCCAGUUAUUUCCGGUCCGGGUCACAAGAAGAACAGUUUCUUUGCUGCCGACAUAAGUCAAUUCCACUAUCCCACGCUCAAUCAUUUUGAUCAUGGACACAUUCCCGCACUAGGCAGUCCAUCAGGUCUCAUGCCCCACAUAAUACCUGGUACUAAACUGUUACCGUUUAAUAAUCAGGCGAAUGCAGUCUAUGAAGUUCAUGAUUGGUGGCAGGAGCAAGUUCUCUGCACGCAGAAUAGCGAUGAUGAAAUGUAGUUUAUAUCGAUUACCAAAUAGCUUUUAACGAAAACGCAUCCUCAUGUACUUAGUUUAUAUGCGAAUAUAUUUUUUAUACUGCAUUCAUAUGUAAGUGCAACGAAGCUAAUUAUAUACAUACAUCCAUACAUAGAUACAUAUUUUUAAGUAAGUUGAAUUUAAUGUAAACUUGUUAUAUUUGUGUUAGUUUUCUCAUAUAUAGUGUAUAGAAAUAUAUUGUUAAUAAAUAAGCAGCUGUAUUGUCAUAUUGUUACUAUAUCAAAUGAGUUGCCGCUGGUUGGCGAAAAUUUAUAUGAUUCACCAUAGGAUGGGGGUAUACUACUUUCGUCAUUCUGUUUGUAACUCCUCGAAAUAUGCUUCUCAGACCCCAUAAAGUAUAUAUGUUCUUGAUCGUCAUGUCAUUUUAAGUCGAUCUAGCCAUUUCCGUCCGUCGGUCUGUCUGUCGAAAGCACGCUAACUUUUGAAGUAGUAAAGCUAGCCGCUUGAAAUUUUGCACAAAUACUUUUUAUUAGUGUAGGUCGGUUGGGAUUGUAAAUGGGCCAAAUCGGCAAAUGUUUUGAUAUAGCUGCCAUAUAAACCGAUCAUGGGUCUUGACUUAUUGAGCCUCUAGAGGGCGCAAUUCUCGUCCGAUUUGACUGAAAUUUUGCACAUGGUGUUUUGUUAUCCAACAACUGUACUAAG